AUGGCCUCUGCACUCGCCAAUGACCCCGAGCGCGUCGCCAAGACCUUUCUGUCGCGACACUCGCUGGCGCUCGUCUCUUGCACCACCCUGCAGAGGCUGUGGGCAGGAUAUGGUCAAAUAUGUGCCAUCACCGCGCGAGCCACCACCGAUCAAGCGGCGGUUCGUCUCGACAAGCUAUGCGGACUGAAAUCCGGGGGAACUACCGGGACUGUAUAUCCGCUUAUCCUGAAGCUCAUCUCACCCCCGACCAAAAGUGGCGGUCAUGAGGAUGAGGGCCACCUGCGAAAAAUCCUCAGUUACGAGGUGGAGCAGCAUUUCUACAGUGAAGUUGCUCCGCACCUGGGCGAUAAGGCUGCCGUUGCUCAGUGCCUCGUUUCGACGCGGGAUGUGCAUGACGAGGAACUGGGCGGGCUGAUGGCCACGAUCAUGGCGGAUCUGCGCCCCAGGUUCUCCGUUGCCGGCGAGAAGAGAAGCGUGUUGAGUCGCACGCAGGUGCACGGGGCGCUGGAGUGGUUGGCUGGGUUUCAUGGCCGUUCAUGGAGCCUACUUCCCAAGGACCUUGACCAAUUGGUCCUACCACCGCUUGAAGAAUCUAGGAGACGGCAAACAGCCAGUAAGCAGGGUGGUCGCGGACUGUGGCUGAAUGGAGGUUACACGUAUCUUGCGACCCGACGGAAAGAGUAUUCGUCUCUCGUUGAAGAUACCGAUUCGGAGUGGUCGGACGCCCUGUGUACCACCCCAGAAGGCUCGUCACUGUCUAUCGCCGAGAUGGUUGCGCUCUUCUUGACCCCGUGUGGCAGAUCGACCGAGUCGUACAUCCAUGGCGAUGUCAAGUCGGAGAACCUUUUCACGACCACGGACGGAGAGAAAGUGGCGUUCUUUGAUUUUCAAUACGUUGGCCUAGGCCUGGGCGUCUGCGAUCUCGCCAAACUUUUUACGUGCUCGGUACCUCUGCAUAUGCUGGUGGACGACACAGAUUUGCCCGAGGAACUCGAGAUACAGGAGGGGGAGCAGGUACUCCUCCAGCGCUAUCACUCACGUCUUCUCCAGAACGACAAGGCGCCGCGAUACGAAUGGGCAACGUUUAAGCGACACUGGGAGACGGCUUUGGUCGACUGGUGUCGAUUCCAAGCAUCCUGGGGAUUCUGGGGGAACACGGAGUGGCUCGAAGCCCGGGUCAGAUUCAUCCUGAGCGACCAGGAGUGGAGAGACUGGCUGCAUGAGAGUAUCAUGAGUCGGAACUCGGCCAACUAG